GUGGAGUGAAAAACAUCAGGGUUAAGUACAUAGCAAACUGGACAUGAUUAAACAUUUACAAACUGUUUUCAGAGAGACCUGAUUUAGAGAAUACGGUCUAGUUGGUGUAGAUUAGUGUCUGUGAACAGCUUGAGUAUUUUUACCACUUACACAUCAGUACAUCUGCAGCAUUCAUCAUGGAGUGGACGAGCCUCGUCUGUCUCCUCACUCUGUUCUUCGUCAGCACGAACACAUCCAUGAUUGAGACCUUACACAAAAUCAAGGAUCUAGAAGACAAAACAUUUGGCCACAAGUACCCACGCCAUGGUCUUCUCCUGCUGCACUGGCUGGCCAAUCACGUCUCUAUCAGCCAAUCAGAGGAUAUCCUGCUUCAUUUUGAUCCGGCAAGGCAGGACUACGGAUUCCGCUACUAUCGAGGCAGCAACAGCUCUUUCCUUCCAUACUUGGAUGACUCGAGCGACAGAGCGUACUACUCUUUGGGAAGUCUCAGUUCAGAAAGUGUCCGAACCAAGCUGCCUCCGUACGUCACCCAAGACUACUACAAUGCCUUUGAGGACCCCAAGAGAGACCUGGAUCGCAUAGUCCUCCGAGUGCAAAGGACCGACCCACGCCGAGCAGACAAGGUGUACAUCACACAAGCAGUGAGCAAAGACCAAGAGGCAGACUAUAACCCAGAUGAAACCUUCGAGAUUAGUCCAAAACUCUUGACACAAGUACAGAUUCUCAAAACCCCUCUUAAUUUAAUACAAAUUCUUGAAUCCCACAAGACUGGUGGUCAAAACUCAGAUGACCCUAGACUUGUUCUCUCCAAAGACCAAUUUCUGUACCACUUGAAACAUUCUGACAAACAUCUGCAGACUAUAUUUGAAGAUGCAGGCAUGAGGUGGCUUCUGUUUCUGGCUGGAUAUGACAUAGACAACAGGUACAACAUCCAUAGGAAAACUUGGUUCUGCACAACUGAUGAGCCGAACCAGCACGACCAAAUGUCCAGGGAUCCUGAGACACUGUGUGAAGGCCACAAUACGGUCAAGCUAGAGGUGAAAUCCACAGAAGAUGGCUACGCAAGAAUCAUUUGGAGUGGUUUACCGAAGAACAUCAUUCAAAUGAACACUACUGUUGUUCUUUUUACUAGCGACACGUCUAACGAGCUCGAGAGGUUCACAGAAAUAGGAGGUCAAUCUUCAGGAUCCUAUGACACCUACUUGGGGCUGAAGCACGGGAUUCAUCCACGUCUGGUCACGUUAAAUCUUGCUUUCGAGUACGGUUUCAUCGGACUCCGUUACGCAUUCAUAUGGAGAGGGCCACAGUUUGAUGAAGCAAACAGAGCGAUUCCUACAGACAUUACUGGCUACAAUGCAAGCCUUCAACUUUACACCACAGAUGGCUACGCGUGUGCUCGGAUAUACAUCAGAAAGUCUUUCACUGAUUGGAAAAGUGAGUUUGCCAACUCAUGGGUGUCAUUUUAUACCAGCGAUCAAGAUCUGGACCACAAGUAUAAACACUAUCAGUGGGUCACCAAUUUUAACAAGGCUGAUAACAAUGAAGAAUAUCUAAUCUAUGAGUACAAGUCAUCCAUGAGUAUUGGACCUGGAGUACAAGCUCGCUUUAUGUUCUCUACUGAUAAAACCUCAUAUCGGAUUUUCCAGAAAUGGUUUUCCGCAACAGUAAAAGCUCGCACGAUUCAAUGGGAGAGUGUAAAUAACUAAUGAAAGCAUAAGGGUUGAAAAAAACAACAACUAAUUUUUGGAAAUUCUUUAGUGUUUUGGAAACUAAUUAUCAGAGGUGGGAGUAAGUGACACAUGUGCAAGUCACAAGUAAGUCUCAAGUCAUGAAUGUCAAGUCAAAGUCAAGUCGAGUCUCUUUUUUAAUAUUUGUCAAGCAAGUCUCAAGUCUCAAAUUUGCCACUUAAGUCUGACUCGAGUCAAGUCAUAUGUCUCGAGUCCCCCAUCUCUGCUAAUUAGCAUCUGAUGAAAACAUUUUGAUAUGAUAAACAGAAUAUUUACAAUUCUUUAUUUUUUAAAAUUAAAAUGUGUUUUAAUUGUCAAUGUAUAAAAUAAUAAUAAAAAAAAUUACCACAGCA